CAGACAGUGUAAAUCACACUUGUCCCCAUUUUCUGUGUAAUUUGACUGAGAAGCUUUAUUUCUGCACAUAUAUUUCAGCUUGUCCAAAUAUUUUUAGUUUAAUUCUGUCACGUUUGUAUGCUUGUGAGUGAGUAAAGUGAUAAUGACCACUUAAUUGGCACCUAUAUUUUAUUAAGAUUAGUACAAAUAAAGCCCUUUAUGAUCCAUAUUUAAGGUGCAAAGAUCUUGAAAUCUGUCAUUUUUGUACCCUUUUCAUCUCUUGAUUGCAAAGUGAAAGAAAACAAAAUGAUGGCUUUGUUAGCUUACUCAUAUUCAAGAAGCUUCAAGAUUCUUGACAUGCAAUGAUAAAGUUUGAAGCUUUAAUCAAGAUGGUGGACAAAAGGUACAAUUUUUACUCAGUUGUUUUCUUGAUUGCAUCUUUUAUUGUUGUUGGAUUAAGUGUUAAUGAUGAUAUUGAAGCCCUUUUAGCAUUGAAAUCAUCAAUUGAUCCUUUGAAUUCACUUAAAUGGAGUGGUGGGAAUGUUUGUAAUUGGGAUGGUGUUAAAGAAUGUUUAAGAGGGAGAGUUACUAAGCUUGUUUUAGAACACUUGAGUUUAAGUGGAACAUUAGAUGAAAGGAGUUUGAAUAGGUUAGAUCAGCUUAGAGUUCUUAGCUUUAAGAACAACUCACUUUCUGGCCAAAUCCCAAAUCUUUCCGGGCUUGCUAAUCUUAAGGCCAUCUUUCUGAAUGAGAACAAUUUUUCGGGGGAGUUUCCGGGGUCUAUUGCAGUUCUUCACAGGCUGAAAGUUGUGGUCUUUUCGCAAAAUCAGAUUUCUGGGGAGAUUCCGGGGUCGGUUGUCAAUGUUAGGAGAUUGUAUGUUUUGUAUGUGCAGGACAAUCUUUUGACAGGUCCAAUUCCGGGGUUUAAUCAAACAGGGCUUAGAUUUUUUAAUGUUUCGAAUAACCAGCUUUCUGGGGAGAUUCCGGUGACUCCUGCAUUGGUUAGAUUUAAUUUGUCAUCAUUUUCCGGGAAUGUUAACUUGUGUGGUGACCAAAUUGGUACCCCGUGUAAUGGAAGUUUGAUUGGGGCUCCGAGGAGCAUCAAUGUGAGUUCUGGACAUGAGCCAAAGCGUGGGAAAAACAAGAAGAUUGUAUGGGUGGUUGUGGGUAGUGUUGGUGGGGUUCUUUUAUUGGGUAUUUUAAUUGGGCUGUUAGUAUUUUGUAUGAAAAAGAGGGGCAAAAAUGAGCCUAGAGAAGAUCGGAGUAAGGCGAUUGGCCAAGCGGUUGCAGUGGCACCGGUAGUGGAGGAAAACGAGGGAGGUGGGAAAGGUGGUGGGUUCAGCUGGGAAGGAGAUGGGGGAAUGGGGAGUUUGGUGUUUUGUGGGCCUGGAGAUCAAGAAAUGAAUUAUAGUUUGGAGGAUUUAUUGAAGGCAUCAGCAGAGACAUUAGGAAGAGGAACAAUGGGGAGUACUUAUAAGGCUGUUAUGGAGUCUGGUUAUAUUGUCACGGUGAAGAGGUUAAAGGAUGCACGAUACCCGAGGGUGGAGGAAUUCCAAAGACAAAUGGCGGUGGUGGGAAAACUCCGGCAUCCAAAUUUGGUGCCUAUCCGAGCUUAUUUCCAGGCAAAAGAAGAAAGACUUCUUGUUUUUGAUUACUUCCCCAAUGGCAGUCUCUUUUCUCUCAUUCACGGAUCAAGAACAUCAUCUGGUGGAAAGCCUCUUCACUGGACAUCCUGUCUGAAAAUAGCCGAAGAUUUAGCAACUGGACUUAACUACAUCCACCAAAACCCUGGUCUAACACAUGGCAACCUUAAAUCCUCCAAUGUGCUGUUAGGAUCGGACUUUGAAUCUUGCCUCACAGACUACUGUCUUACCACAUUCCGAAACCCUGAUUCAACUGAAGAAUCCAGCGCCUCUGCCCUUUUUUACCGAGCACCAGAAUGUCGUGACACACGUCGUCUCCUCACUCAACAAGCUGAUGUCUACAGCUUUGGGAUCGUCCUCCUGGAGCUCCUCACAGGUAAGACUGCAUUCCAGGACAUUGUCCAAGAACAUGGCUCCGAUAUUCCAAGUUGGGUUCGAUCAGUCCGAGAAGAAGAGACUGAGUCCGGUGAUGAUCCUGCCUCUGGCAAUGAAGGAUCAGAGGAGAAACUUGCAGCUCUUUUGAACAUUGCAAUGGCUUGUGUUGCACUUGCACCGGAUAACAGGCCCGGAAUGAGGGAGGUCUUGAAGAUGAUCAAAGAUGCGAGAGCAGAAGCACAAGGGUCUUCUAACAGCAGUGAUCAUUCUCCUGGGAGAUGGUCAGAUACUGUUCAGAGCUUGCCUAGGGAUGACCAUUUGAGUAUAUGAGAAUCAGAAUAAUCUUGGACAUUCAAGUCUAGGGAUGGUUCAUUUCUUGUUUUUGUAGCUUAUUUUUUAAUUAGGCAUGGUAUGGUCUUUUUGUUUUCUGAGUGCAUUUUGUUGAGCAAGCUUCAAGUUAAUUUGUGAAAAGGUUUUUUAUCAAAUUAUGCACAAUAAUAUUACUCUCUAAAGCUUAUAACAGUCUCAUGCUGAGUUUUGCAGAA